GGAAUCACUUCCUGAAGCGCGAGGCAGGAAGUUGUCUGGUACCUCUGGAGUCCGGUGGAGAAAGUGCUGUCUGCCGCACUGGUGGCGGCGAGAGCUGUUAGUGGGUUGGGAGCUAGGCCUUUUGGUCGCCCUCCUUCGGUCCUCCGCAGUUAGAAGCAGGUUUUCCUCGCAGCACCACGGCCCCCUUGUCCAGUCCUGAGCCCGGCGCCGCUGCCGGGGAGCCUCGGUCUGCUUCUUUGAAGCGGUUUCCAGGGGCACCUACCCAGGCACUGCCUGGGCCACCAACCAGGGGACUGGCUCCCUGCUUCAGCACUCUGGACCACAGUAAGAAGUGCCCUUGUCGCUCCACGCCUUGUCCCCGCUCUUCAAGCCACCGAGACCCUGGUCCAGAGCGACUGCCCUUGGACUUGGGACUAGAACAGAUCCAAAACGCUCAACCUCGGCCCGCCACAGACGGGACUCUGCAUCGUCGCUGAUAUGUCGCCCACCGUCUCCCACAAGGACAACAGUCGCCAACGGCGGCCCGGGACUUUCAACCAUUCCCUGGAUAUGAAAACCGGCCCUCUGCCGCCGGGCAGCUGGGAUGACAAUCAGUCAGACUCGGUGGGCGGGGAAGAGGACAGAGAAGCGCUUCUGAGGAACGCUGACAUUGGUGACUUCUUGAAAUCCCCACGGAGCUGUCGAGCUGAAAUUGGCAGCGUUUUGCUACUGCUCUUUCUUUACGUGCUUCAGGGCAUCCCCUUAGGCCUAGCGGGGAGCAUCCCACUCAUUUUGCAGAGCAAAAAUGUUAGCUAUACAGAUCAAGCUUUCUUCAGUUUUGUCUUUUGGCCCUUUAGUCUCAAGUUGCUCUGGGCGCCAUUGGUUGAUGCAGUUUACUUCAAGAAUUUCGGUCGCCGAAAAUCUUGGCUUGUCCCUACACAGUAUAUAUUAGGACUCUUCAUGAUAUUUUUAUCCACUCAAGUGGAUCAUUUGCUCGGGAAUACUGAUGGCAGAACGCCAGAUGUGGUUGCUCUCACAGUGACAUUCUUUUUGUUUGAAUUUCUGGCCGCCACUCAGGACAUCGCGGUGGAUGGUUGGGCGUUAACUAUGUUAUCUCGGGAAAAUGUGGGUUAUGCUUCCACUUGCAAUUCGGUGGGCCAAACAGCAGGUUAUUUUUUGGGCAAUGUUUUGUUUCUGGCUCUUGAAUCUCCCGACUUUUGUAACAAAUAUUUGCGGUUUCAACCUCAACCCAAGGGAAUCGUUACUCUUUCAGACUUUCUUUUUUUCUGGGGAACUGUAUUUUUAAUAACAACAACUUUAGUUGCCCUUCUGAAAAAAGAAAACAAAGAAGUAUCAGUAGUAAAAGAAGAAACACAAGGAAUCACAGAUACAUACAAGCUGCUUUUUGCAAUUAUAAAAAUGCCAGCAGUACUGACAUUUUGCCUCCUGAUUCUAACUUCAAAGAUUGGUUUUUCAGCAGCAGACGCAGUAACAGGACUGAAACUGGUAGAAGAGGGAGUACCUAAAGAACAUUUAGCAUUACUUGCAGUUCCAAUGGUUCCUUUGCAGAUAAUAUUACCUCUGAUUAUCAGCAAAUACACUGCAGGUCCCCAGCCACUAAACAUAUUUUAUAAAGCCAUGCCUUACAGAUUAUUGUUUGGAUUAGAAUAUGCUCUGCUAGUUUGGUGGACUCCUAAAGUAGAGCAUCAAGGAGGAUUCCCUAUAUAUUACUAUAUUGUAGUGCUGCUGAGUUAUGCCUUACAUCAGGUUACAUUAUACAGCAUGUAUGUCUCUAUAAUGGCUUUCAAUGCGAAGGUUAGUGAUCCACUUAUUGGAGGAACAUACAUGACUCUUCUGAAUACUGUGUCCAACCUAGGAGGAAACUGGCCAUCUACAGUUGCUCUUUGGCUGGUGGACCCCCUCACAGUGAAAGAGUGUGUAGGGGCAUCAAACCAGAACUGUCGAACACCUGAUGCUGUUGAGUUUUGCAAAAAACUUGGUGGCUCAUGUGUUACCGCACUGGAUGGUUAUUAUGUGGAAUCCAUUAUUUGUGUGUUCAUUGGAUUUUGUUGGUGGUUCUUUCUUGGACCAAAACUUAAAAAGUUACAAGAUGAAGGACCAUCUUCAUGGAAGUGCAAAAGGAGCAAUUAAUGCAUAGGCUGUUGGAUGUUCUAGAAGGUAAUUAUAGCUGGGUUUUAAUUCAGAGAACUGUGAUAAUCAUUGCACAGGAAUAUAAAAUAUUAUUUGAAGCAAGGAAGUUACUAAUAUAAAAUGCCAAAUGGUUGAAAAAUAGAAGCCUUUCGUAUGUUUGUUCAUAUUUUUCCUUUGUCUUGUCAAUUUAUUUAAAGUUUACUUAACAUCAGGAAAUUUGUUCUCAAACAACUUCUCUAGCCUUGUUAUUUGAUUUAUGUCUUUUUAAUUUUCUGACCAAAGUAUGUUUUAAGCUGUGGGUAGUAGUCAAGGGUGGUAACUGUGCAGUCAGGUAUUGCUACCAGUACCUAUCAUUGGACUGUAUUUAAAUUGUGGUACAGUAUAUAAAAUGAAAGAGAGCUUGAUAUUCAGAAGCUAACUAAUCUAAUCUUGUUGGCAGUUAAAAAUUUUAUUUUGAAUGGUAAAUUUGUUAAAUUUCAUGUGGAAUUUACUCAGAAGAGAUUGUAGACUAUUGAAUAUCAUUUAGUUGAUUUCUGACCAUAACCAUAUUGUACAAAUUAAUCUGUGUGGGGAAAAAAGGCUAUUUUAAAUGUAUUCCUGCUUUUGUAAGCAUUAAAGAUUUAUAAGAAGAUAAUUUAAACUAUUUUUUAUAAAAUGAAAGUUACGAUUUUUUAAUUUAUUGAUUUCCCCUACCGUGCUCCCUUUUGGAAAAUACUUUGAUUCUCUGUUAACAUUUGCCCUGUUAUGUAUGUUUUUGUCACAAGUGCCCCAUAGCACACAGAGAGCUAAGGAGGGGAUCAAAUUUAUUGUUUUAUGUUUGUUCAUGACAGUUUUGAAAAUAAAAAUUAAAUGUCAGUCUUCAAGAACUUUUUUUAA